AUGAGUCUAAAAAGGCCAUCGGAGCUCUAUAAACACCUAAGAGUUUCCAAGAGAUAUAUCCUGGGGAAAUCCCAUGAUGACAUAGUGACAUCGCUCCCAAAAGAUGAAGAUGCCCCCGAGCUAGAGUCACGACUUCAAUUCCAUAAGCAAUUUAUGAUAGGAGCGCAAAGUAACAGAGCGGGGUUAGGAUCAAAUAGGAAAGUCCAAGAUGCGGAUAUAUUGAAGUCUUUUAUUCGGCAAGACGAGAAUGAUAAAUAUAAGAUCCAUGCAAUGAAUUUAGAAAUGCAGAACGAGUGGUUAGACAUAGGAGAUUUUUGCAUCCCAUUAGCAUUAAAAUGGCGCACUUUAAUUUAUGAUUGGUCGCCAGCAUUGCUAAAAUUCUAUCUCAAUGCGUUCCAGAUGACUCUCCCAGAUCAGAGUAAUUUAGUAAGAUGGGGUAAAAGUACCGAAAAAACUUGCUAUAUCUGUGGAAAGGCAGUUGGAACUGCUAAGCAUCUGCUGGUGGGAUGUAAGGUACUCCUGGACAGCGGUCAAUACUCGCGUCGUCACGAUAGGGUUCUAGAAGUCAUACGUGAAGCGGUUAGUCUUUCGGUAGCCAGAGCGCAAAAGGGAAUAACCACAAACGAACGAUCAGUAGGUUUUGUGAGAGAAGGCUCUAGGGCUACAAAAUCAAACGUCAAGCCUUACUCCAUCCUUAAAGCGGCGUCGGAUUGGACUAUAAUGAUGGACACGUAUGAAAAACAAUAUAAAAUCCCCGAGGAUAUUUGUGCGUCGGCCUCCAGACCGGAUAUAUUUUUGUUUUCGCGAAUUUUAAAGCGCGUAGUGAUGAUAGAGCUUACGGUCCCUUGGGAAACCAACAUCCCCAAAGACCAUACCAUCAAGGUCAACAAAUAUUACGAGCUCACAAAACGAACUCACUCGAAAUAG